AAGAAUUAGGAGCUGCUGACAUUUCAAUAUGAAGGGCAACGUCACUCUUGCCACCGUGAGCAAAAACAUUACCAGCAGUCUUCACUUUGGACUUCUCAACCAGGCUGGCAACGAGUCACUUAACUGCUCGCAUAAGCCAUCAGAUAAGCAUUUAGAUGCAAUUCCUAUUCUUUACUACAUGAUAUUUGUGAUUGGAUUUCUUGUCAAUACCAUUGUGGUCACACUGUUCUUUUGCCAGAAGGGUCCUAAAAGGGUGUCAAGCAUUUACAUCUUCAACCUGGCUGUGGCUGACUUACUGCUUUUGGCUACUCUUCCACUCUGGGCAUCCUAUUAUUCUUAUAGAUAUGACUGGCUUUUUGGACCUGUUAUGUGCAAAGUUUUUGGUUCUUUCCUGACUCUGAACAUGUUUGCAAGCAUUUUUUUCAUCACAUGCAUGAGUGUUGAUCGGUACCAAUCUGUCAUUUAUCCCUUUCUGUCUCAAAGAAGAAAUCCCUGGCAAGCAUCUUAUAUAGUCCCCCUGGUUUGGUGCAUGGCAUGUCUGUCCUCUUUGCCAACAUUUUAUUUCCGAGAUGUCAGAACCAUUGAGUAUCUAGGAGUAAAUGCUUGUAUCAUGGCAUUCCCACCUGAAAAAUAUGCCCAAUGGUCAGCUGGGAUUGCCUUAAUGAAAAAUAUCCUGGGUUUUAUUAUUCCUUUAAUAUUCAUAGCAACGUGCUAUUUUGGAAUUAGAAAACACUUACUGAAGACCAAUAGCUAUGGGAAGAACAGAGUAACUCGUGACCAAGUUCUGAAGAUGGCAGCUGCUGUUGUCCUGGCGUUCAUCAUUUGCUGGCUUCCCUUCCAUGUUCUGACUUUCCUGGAUGCUCUCGCCUGGAUGGGUGUCAUUAAUAGCUGCGGAGUUAUAGCAGUCAUUGACCUGGCACUUCCUUUUGCCAUCCUCCUGGGAUUCACUAACAGCUGCAUUAAUCCCUUUCUGUAUUGUUUUGUUGGAAACCGCUUCCAACAGAAGCUCCGCCGUGUGUUUAGGGUUCCAAUUACUUGGCUGCAAGGCAAGAGUGAGGGCAUGUCAUGUCGAAAAAGCAGUUCCCUGAGAGAAAUGGAGACCUUUGUGCCUUAA